CGCGCAGCACAUUGAGCCUCUCACGAAUCAAAAACAUGAGCGGUGUGGACUACUCUAAGUGGGACAAGAUGGCGAGUGAGAUGAGCGACAGUGAUGACGACAACGGUAACAAUCCGGAGGUGACUACUUUCGACCAGCCUCAGUCGGUCACCUUCGGCGGCACGUCUGCGUCGCAGGCCGCCGAAGGUUGGGAUGGCGCCAGCGACGACAGCGGUGCUCACCCCGACACCACCCCAUCUUCGUCCGGUGUCGCGGCUCCAGCAGAUGGAUCUACGGGAGCGGUGGCGGCAGCAGCAACAGGCACCACGCCUACGCCUCAGGUCAAACCGCUCAUAAGCGACGAGCGGCUCACGGAGAACGGGGCGGCCGUGCGCGGCGAUGCCAACGCUGGCCGACAAGCCCUGCAGUACGUUUGGCGGCAAACGAGAGCAGAGGUCGUGGUCGUCGUCCCGGUGCCCGCGGGGACUCGUGCGGGAGACGUGGAGGUGUCACUGAGGGCGAAACCGGAGACAAUCGCGGAGGGGGUUGCUGACCUCAUCAGGGUGGCUGUCAAGGCAACGAGGGGCAGAGAUGGCGCUGCUAGCAGAGAAUUAGGGACUGCUGCUACGGCGCCGGGGGGUGGUACGAAGCUGGUGCCUGUUUUGGAAGGAGAGCUUGCGUUUCAGGCAAAACUGGGAGCGGAAGACGAGGGCGAGGUGGAGUGGGAGCUCAAAGACUACCCGGGUACGGCUGUGGCAAGAGAUGAUCCUGACAGUAGUGGUGAUCCUGUUGGUAGUGCACCACCACCAGCACCAGCAGCAGGGGCAAGAGAAGCUAGCAGCAGCAGCAAUGGCGAUAGGCGAGGGGUUGAGAUAGUCCUGAAGAAGCACUGCCCCGUUCCGAACGCAGCGGUGUGGUGGAAAUCUCUGCUGAAAGGCGGACCGGAGAUUGAUGUCGCCGCCAUCAAAGGACGGGCGACCAACAACCAUCAGUCGGUUUGGGAGGAGGCGCUCGGGAUGUUCAAGGAACAAGUAGCCGCCAGAAAGGGCCAGCCAAAAAUCUCGGUGGACAUGGAAGAAGGGGACUCGUGACCACGCGUUGUGUGUAGGAAGAUAUCAUCGGUUGUAAAUGGUACAAGCCAGCUCUGUGCUGGCCGGGUUGAAUAAACAGGGAGGCUCGGCGUGUUUGUUAUUUGGCCGUGUGGCGUCCGUACCCGUGUUGUUCCCGCUGUGCUGUGUUCGACGGGGGGCAGAGGGGGAGACCAGAUGGUGUUAUGAUGUGGAUACGCGCGCGCUUCACAACAAGACUGACUGUUGAUGUGUUUUGGAUGUGUUUUGGUUGAUGCUUAGAGCGUGCCCCAGAGUGACUAGCUGUUAUUCGCCUCCUGUGUCGUUCUGCGAAUAUCUUGAUGACCACGCGUACCUUCAUUAGACAGGGAAACCCUUGCUUACGUUGGACAGUUUUUCUAACGCUGCCUUCAUCCAUUCGCACAGGCAG